AUGACUUUCAACGUCGGCCUUGGAACUGAAGGCUCAGUUGAGCGCGGAUGGGGACUUUGGCUCACCAGUGUCCUAUCUGUUAUUAUCGCCGGUCUUUUCGUCAGCGCACGUCUAGCGCAGCGAUUCAUCAAGAGUAGCGGCCUGGGAAUGGACGACUACAUGAUCGUCGCCGCCUUACUUUCAUCAGUUUUACUCUCUGUAACAGAGUGUCAAGCUGUGGUAUAUGGCUACGGGAGACAUUGGAAAGAUCUACCUGCCGACUCCCGCGUCAUUGCUCGCAAAUGGUUCUAUGGAGCGAAUAUUGUUUACAAAGUCGUUCUCAUGUUCAACAAGAUCUCUGUGGUUUGCCUGUACUACCGAAUCUUCGCCAUCACCACAAAGUCUUUCCGUAUUGCCUGUCAUAUCAUGAACGCUUGGGUCAUCAUAACCGGUUUUGCUUUUACUAUCGCAACGGUUUUCCAAUGUACGCCAAUCGCCGCAUUCUGGGACAAAACCAUAUCUGGAGCCAGAUGUUUCAAGAAUGAACCCUGGUGGAUUUCAUAUGCCACUGUUCAAAUUACAACCGACUUCAUGCUCCUUGCAAUGCCUUUUCGAAGAAUCCUAGGACUCUCCAUGGGACGAGCCGAGAAGUUGGGUGUGGCACUUGUUUUCGGUACGGGUGGCUUUGUCACUUUUGCGUCUAUCUAUCGUGCAACUACAAUCGCCAGGUCCGCAAACGAUCCCGAUCCGACCUGGGGCCCUGUUCCUGCUACAAUAUGGUCAGUGAUAGAAGCCAACGCUGGUAUCAUAUGUGCCUGUCUCCCCAUGCUCCGCGCUCCAUUCGUCCGCCUCUUUGGACCACUUUUUGGUUCGGUAGCCACCAAGGCCACCUCGAAGCGGCGGUCGUACCCCAUGGACUGGAAGAGCAACCACGGGCCAGCUGGCACUGGAAAUAAGAGUAAGGUAUCUGGUAAAAGUGCAUCUGAGCGCGAAAGCGAAGAUGAUGCAUUACCACCAAGUAGACCGAGUGAGCUCGGCCGCCGGGGCAGUGGCAUCUUUGUCACGAACGAGUUCAGUAUUGAGCGCAACGAGUUACAAAAGCAAGAGACAGAGACACGGUCGUGCGAACAAGAUGGCGACACUAACACUGCGCUGAGUGUGAACGAGGACAGGCCAGGUGGCAAGAGUCCCUUCUACCACGUCUAA